GCUUCCUCAUAACUUACCAUUCAUCCUUGUCAUCAUCAUAAUCGUCUUGCGAAACUGUGAUAUUAAGUGCUUCGCACUGUCUUCAUUGCCAAUCGAAUCUUGCUUUUUGUUUGUGUAGUUUGUUCAUCAGAGAAAAAAUGUUGGCAGUGUUUGAAAAGUCAGUGGCCAAUAGCCCAGAGGCUCUGCGUAGCCCACAACCGGACUCCGUCACCGCACUCAAAGAUGGGUCAUUGGCUAAACACUUUGGCUUUCUUUACUCUGCCUCUGUCACCGUCAAUCUUGGCGACGCUGGUCUCAUGGCCUACUCUAUUGACAAGCAGAACCCGCUUUUACCAAGAUUAUUUGCAGUUGUGGACGACAUUUUCUGCUUGUUUCAAGGCCACAUCGAUAAUGUUGCUCUUCUUAAGCAACAAUAUGGACUUAACAAAGCAGCAAAUGAAGCUAUUAUUGUUAUUGAAGCCUACAGAACUCUCAGAGAUCGGGGUCCUUAUCCUGCUGAUCAGGUCGUUAGAGACUUCCAGGGGAAAUUUGCAUUUAUUCUCUACGAUAGCUCUUCAAAAGUUACAUUUGUAGCCGGGGAUGCUGACGGGAGUGUUCCCUUCUUCUGGGGUACUGAUUCUGAAGGCCAUCUCGUGCUUUCAGAUGAUGUAGAGAUUGUGAAAAAGGGCUGUGGGAAGUCUUUUGCACCAUUCCCUAAAGGGUGCUUCUUUACAUCUUCUGGAGGAUUGAGGAGCUUUGAGCACCCCCUGAAUGAAUUGAAGCCAGUGCCAAGGGUGGACAGCUCCGGCCAGGUUUGUGGUGCAACUUUCAAGGUGGAUGCAGAGGCUAAGAAAGAAUCAGGCAUGCCAAGAGUUGGGAGUGCUGCAAACUGGUCCCAGAACUACUGAGCUCAUUACUAUUUCCUUUCUCAUGA